UAUAUCGCUAGUGGAUAGCACUUUAAUUUCACUCUUUCGUUUUAAUUUUUCAGCCUGCUUGGCUUUCCUUUCUUUUUUUUCUUUCUUCUUCUGCCUUUUUCUCUUUCAAGGCUAUUAAUUUUUGAUAAGCUUCAUCUGUUGUAAUAAUCUCUGACCCCCUGGCAACUUUAGUUCUCUUCACCUUCUCACUCGUUUGGUGUUGAACGAUGGUUUCAAGAAGUAACUGAUGAAAUGUAGUGUCAUAUUAGUUAAUGCAUAUAAAAUGUUCCAGAUAUGUGAUGAGAGUUUGAAAAUAAUGCACGUAAAUAGUCAAUUUCCAGGCAGUACACAUGAUGCAUACAUUUGGAAUCAGUCAAAUAUUUCUUAUAUGAUGCAAAAAUUAUUUGAACAUGAUAACAACAAUAACUUCUUUUUGUUAGGGGAUUCAGGUUAUCCACUGCGUCCUUGGUUGAUUACACCAUUAAAAAAUCCUGAACCAGGUACAGCAGCUGAACGUUUUAAUAGACAAUUCACAUCUGUGAGAAGCAAGAUUGAGCAAUGUAAUGGAGUCUUAAAGAACAGAUUCAGGUGUCUUUUAAAACAUCGUGUAUUGCAUUAUAAACCUAUUAAGGCAGCAAGAAUUGUUAAAGCAUGUGUGGUACUGCACAAUAUCUGCAUUGACCAGAGGAUUCCAGAACCUUAUAGGGAUGAUGACAUUUUGAACGCAGAUUUUUGUGUAGAAUCAAAUAUUCCAGCUUAUGUAGAAAAUGCAGCCGGAAAUGUACAUUUACAUGCAGGUAGAGAAUUAAGGCUACGAAUUAUAAAUAACCAUUUUAAUUAACUUGUAGAGUAAAUUGCAAUCUGUGAAUGGCAAUAAAUUUUUUUUCAUUA